AUGAGUGUUCGUCUAGCCGCCCGGCGGCUGGCGUUGUCAGUGCCGUCCUCAGCACCAUCCUCCCAGCCAAGGGCCCUCCUCGCCACUCCCACGACGGUCCAGCGCCGCUAUAAAUGGUCCCUGAACGUCUUCAAGGAUUGGGGAAAGCCCAGCUCCGGCAACGCGUCGUCUUCUCGUGGUUCCGACCCCACCAUCUCGGAGCUCGACGAUCCAAAGAAGCGCCAGCAGUUCCUUGAAAGGAACCUGCACGGCUCCGUCGAGGACAACAUCUUUCAAGAUGAGAUAGAGACGGCGUCAACCCGUACGUCGCCGGCCGAUGCCGACGUCCAGCAGCAAGCCGAGCAGAAGACUCGCGAGAACAUGGCGAUGGUCACGGAUCCGGAUCCCCGAAGCCGAAUUUGCUGGCAGCGCAAAAAGGUCAUCCAGAUGGUCCGCAGCAAGGGCCAGUUGACGAGGGACGAGAAGAUCAAGAUGACGGAGCGACAGCUUGUCCACAAGAGUCACUUCAUCCCGACGAGCGUCAAGAAGCUCGUCAUGUUGUCACGACAAAUCGCCGGCAAGGACAUCGACGACGCAAUCGCCCAGAUGCAGUGGUCCAAGAAAAAGAUGUCGGCCGAGGUCCGAUACUAUCUCGAGGAGGCGCGUGAUCUCGCCAUCGCUCAGCGUGGCAUGGGACUCGGCAAAGUCAACGGUGAAGUCCUUGCGAAGCCGCGCAAGAUUCGGACAAAGGAGGGCAAGUGGGUAGAAAUCACCGACCCGACGCGCAUGUACAUUGCCCAGUCGUGGGUCGGUAGAGGACCGUGGCGCGGCAAAGAAAUCGACUACAAAGGGAGAGGGCGAAUGGGAGUCAUUCAACACCCAAGCACAAGCUUCACAAUUCUCCUCAAGGAAGAGAAGACAAGGAUACGGGAACAUGAGGAACGCGAGGCAAAGAAGGCCGCCAAGGGGCCAUGGGUUCAUCUACCCAACCGCCCCAUUCACGGGCAACGGCCGUACUACACCUGGUAA